AUUCCCAGCUCGUAUUACAAGCUCAUUGUUGGGUCUGCCUGAGAGUGACGCACAUACACAUAGAUAACAAGAGAAAGGGCAUGUCGGCUUAGCUCCUCUCCUUUUUCAUCCCACCACUUUGCUGCGUUCAAAUGGGAUAUUGGCCGGAUUCAGUCUCUCUUCUCCACACACUUUCUCUCUCUCUCUCCUCCCUUGAUCCCUCCAUCACCCCCUUCCCUCUUCCUCCUCCUCCCCUCUUUCACUCCUUGCCCUCUGUAGAGGUCUGGAUCACAUUUAAAACCACAUGUUUUGUGUGUGAGCAACCGAGCCUGGAAGUCGGCAAGCAGGAAAUGUGGUGACAGCAGAGUGGGACUGGAGCGCACAGCAACGGGACAGACAUGCACGCCUCCCAAGCGGCCUUGCACGCACUGGUGGCUGGAGAAGACGGGAUGUGAGACCUUGGCGGAUUUUGCAAACAUAUAUUUUGACACAUCUGGAUCCGUGGAGACACUGGGCCAAAUCUGGCCUGUCCAAGACGGAUAACAGCAUCAAGGGGUUGUCCUGAUCAGAGAGAAUCACAGAAAAAAGGAAAAAAAAAACUGUUAAGUCUUAGACUAGCACAGACUGAUGUCUCAUUCUCCUCCCUUUUUUUUUUAUAUAAAGAGGAGAGCCCAUUUGGCUCUGGAAAGCUCGUUGUGACAGGUCUCUAUUGGUGCGCUUGUGUGGUCCAGUGUGAAAAACCUGCUUCGUGAUUUGUGAGUGUGCGUGAGUGUAUACGCAGACUGGCCUCCCUCGCUGCUCAGUCGCUGGACAGUAUCCUGGAGAGUUAGUAGCAGGAUGAAGACACAAAAAUGUGCUGGAUUUCACAUGUUGUUACUCCUGUAUGUCAGACUGAUGCUGGCCGUGGACGCCUACAGACCCCAGAGAGACAUAAGCCAGGAGAGGUGGGAACAGGAACUAAGGGACGCUGGGAGUCUGGAUGAGCUUCUGAUGUUGUCCGAGUACCCGGACUGGAAGCUGUGGAGAUGCAGGCUCAAGCUGAAGCACUUUGAAUAUGCCACUCCGCCCGAGAACCGCAGGUCAACUCGCUAUGCCGCCGCUUCCUUCAGCCCAGAGAUGCUAAAAGAUAUUGAUGACGAAUGGCAGAAAACGCAGUGUAUGCCCAGAGAGACAUGUGUAGAUGUGGCAAAAGAGCUGGGCACCAAUACGGCUGUGUUCUUUAAGCCCCCGUGCGUCUCUGUCUUCAGGUGUGGUGGCUGCUGCAACAAAGAGGGAGUUACCUGCCGUAAUACAAGCGUGACUUAUGUCAAUAAAACUAUUUUGAGUGUGAGUCUGGCUCCAUAUAAAACUGGUCCGGAGCCUGUGCUGGUGAAAAUAGCCAAUCACACUGAGUGUAUGUGCCAGGAACAUUCACUGAUCCGCAGACAUGUUCGUGAGAAGCACAAGAAGAGUUGCUCUCCUACACGUAAGCCAGAAGACAAGAGGCUGUGCAACAAAGGUUUAAUAUGGGACUGGAUGGCGGAGCGGUGUGUGACAUACCACUCCAGUAAACAAGAGCCUCUGUCUACGGUCAGUGAGGAGGACUGUGAAAUUGAUGUAGAGCGAUGUGAAUGUAUUCCAAAAGUAUGGACACACAGAUUACACCACACGUGACACGAUUCAGCAAAUCUUCUGAAGCUGCAAGAGAGAAAACAAUGAUGAACACAACUCCCUGACAAUCUGCAAGUGCCGAGCGCAGAGACUGCAAAACACCAUUUAAUUUAUCUCUCUAUUUAUAUCAAAUAAAAAUACUUUUAUUAACAUUUAUUUACACAACUCAUCAGUAACACGGCAGCGAUAGCUUUCUAAAUAUAAAAACGAUGCUGCUUUUCUGUUUGAACACAUGAAGAAUUAUAUCUGAGGUAAAUGUGUCCUUUGCACUGAAGACAACGUUUCACCCUAAACAAUGUCUGUGGAAUUUCUUACAUAUAACUUACAUCUAAAAUAAUUAUAUUUAAGUAUAAAUUAUAAUUUUUCACAAUGUUCCCUGGUGGGCUAUUAGGGUCUAUUUGGAUUCACGUCAUGUUUUCAUGGCACAAGAGGACUACAUGUGGGAUGGUGUACAUACAAAAGCACUUCAUUACUCCACAUGCAUUGAGGAAAUGGCCAGGCCUCUGUUUAAAAUGAUGUGUACACAACUGAGCAUGCUGCCAACAAUAAAACAAAUUAUCUAUAUUGGAGAUGAAAGCUGUUCAAAUAAAAAACGGCAAAUUGAU